CAGCAUAAAAUACUAUUCUAACCCUCCUCGCCCGUCGAAGCUGCCAUCACAUUGCCAAGAAUCCUUCCAAUUUCCUCAAAAUUCAUUAAUCAGGAACCUGUCCUAAAGAAUUUAGGUAACCCAACUCAAAAUUUUGAUUAAAAUUCAAGAAUAUAUUAUGAGGCCGAUGUGGGGCCAAGACAGCCGUGCACCUGUAACCGUCGGAGCCGGAAGUAUCAACUGGUCGGCCAGUGUUUGGUUGCAUAGACGAAAUGGCAGCGUCAGUAGCGAGUUUGUUGGUAAUAGUGCCGAAAGUGAGUAUGACUUGGCUACUAUGGUGAAAGAUUUCUGUGAAAUUGGCAGUGCCGGAGCUGAUAGUUGGUAUAGCAGCGACAGUGAUUCUAGUUUCUCCGACCUCUCUUUCCUCUCCGACAAGAUCUCGAUGUGUAAGCACGCGGACCAGUAUGAAAGUGACUUAAUACUGGUUGUGAAUUCCCUAAUUCUCUCAUUAUCGAAGUCGUCCGACACUUUCAAUGCUAGCUCCAUCCAGUAUUCUCUGGUGAAGUUGUUGCAAUCUUCUGGUUAUGAUGCAGCUGUAUGUGAAACCAAGUGGCAUGGCUUUGGCAAAAUUCCUGGAGGUGAACACGAAUUCAUAGAUGUGAUCAGUGGAUGCUCCGACCGAUACAUCAUUGACAUUGACUUCCGAAGCCACUUUCAAAUUGCGAGAGCUAUCAAAUCCUACAAUGUACUUUUGAAUUCUCUUCCAUCAAUUUAUGUAGGCACCAUGACCAAGCUGAAGCAGUUCCUUCAAAUUAUGGUCGAAGCAGCCAGGUAUUCUCUCCAGCAAAAUUCAAUGCCUCUUCCUCCGUGGAGAUCCUUGGCUUAUUUGGAAGCCAAGUGGGAAUCUCCCCGCGAAAGAAUUGUUGAUCUUCUCGACAGAAGGGACAUCGACAUCUAUCAGGACCACUGCUGUUGGAAACUAUAAUGUAAAGGCAUUUGAAAUAGACAUUUUUGUUACAAAUAUAUUAUUUGAAAAA